GGCUAUUUGAAAAAUAAAUUUGUUUUGUUGUCACAAAACACGAAACAAAAUCUUUAUUUCAAAUCAUCUAAUAUGUAUAUUUGUGCACAGAGUUAAGAUAUAGGUUUGCUAUAUACAGAACACAAAUACAUUCGCAAAUAACAUUGAUUCAAUUAGAUUUGAGACUUGCAGUGUCGGUGUUUAAGUUGCCUCAAGAUGUCAAAGAAGAAAUAUAACAGAAGGGACAUGGAUGAUGACUUUGAGGCAUUUCUCAAAGAUUCUGUUUCAACUGAAGAUUCUGAUUCAUCAAGGGUGCAGAAGUUCCUGCAGAAGAAGAAACAAGAAAAAGAACAACCAUGGUGGAUGAAGGACGAAGGAAGAAUUGCAGAUGCUAAUUUGAGUGGAACAGGGAAAAGUUACCUGAAGAAGAAACCACAGCCACAAGAGCGAAAAACUUUAGCCCAAAAAGAGCUUCCUAAAGAGUCAAUGGAGGGCACCACCAUGAGUAGGGACAGCUUGGAUGGAACAGGAGGGUAUGGACAAAAAAGUGGUAAAAACAGCAAUUUGACGGCAAUGAAAAAGUUUGAUAUACCAGAGCUCAGCCUUGGCACAUCAACUUCAUAUACCGAGACCGGGAUGCAAAAGGGGGCUGGAUUUGAUACCAUGGAUGAACUUGCAGAUAAAGAAAGAUUUUUUAGGGAUUUGGAGCAAGAUGCAGACUCCACUAUAGAUUAUGGUCAAAUGAAUAAAGAAUUGGACAAAUCAGAGACAAUCAAAACAGCUGGACUCCAAGUUGGUUUCAAAGACAGUGAGGAGUUGGAGGACUUCGAAGUAGAAGAAACAGAUGAGGAUCCAAGGAAGCCAAGCAUGUUGUCCAAAGUUGCCCUGCUCGAUUCCAUGGACACAACCCUUGGUACCACAAAGCUGAUGAAUAAAGACAGCCGAGACACCUUGGACGGGCAGGAGCCUGAUGAGAUUCAAGACCAGGAGAAUCAUCAUAAUAAGGAUGUCACUCCGUAUGGGACGGCUGCAUUCAAAUCUGGAACAGGUUUCAUGAACACUGACACUAGUAUGGAAUAUGAAGCGUUGCACCGAGCGUACGAGGAGGUUGGUCUCUCCACGCUUGAUCAGACAGAAAAGGACCCAUACAUCAAGGAUUCCCUGCAGGCUACGAACAUUAGGUCAACCGCCAAUAUGUCUGGUCCUGGGGAGACCGAGGAGGGUGGCAGCUUUGGACUGAAGCAGGUCCUGCCACCAGAUAGUGAUAUCGCUCCCAAGAAGGGAAAGCAGAGGAACGUGGAUGACAUCCUGAUAGAGAUGGAGGAGAUCAAGAGGAAGGCUAAAGCCGCUGACGAUGACGGUGGCAGCGAUGGUGAAUCUCGAGGAUUCAAUCUCUCACCGGCACCGGGACUUAACCAGAUGCGAACAGGGGAAGAUGAUGCCGUUCGGCAACAUGGGUUUGAUCUGUCCCCUGUAAGAAAGGCUCCACCUGAUGAUGUUGAUUUUGGAGGUGACUUGAAUCAUUCUCUGGAAAAAUCUGGGGAUGAAGACCAUCUGAGAGAACGGCCAGUUCCAGCCUUGAGAAAGCACAUUAACCAUCAUACCGACCAUAAAGAAGUGUCUCCAAAGAAGAAGAAGAGCAAGACGAGAUUUUCUGGUAUCAAGAGCUCAGGAUAUGGUCCCGGUUCCAAGCCCGGUCAGAAACCACCCACGAAACAGAAGUGGUCACCUGCUGAUGUAGCCAAACAGAAAAUCAAAGGUACAGAGGCCCCAACUAAGACCAGUCCCAAGAAGAAGACACCAAUAAAGAUGCAGGGUGGGCCUCGUGAGAGUCAACUUCUCGCCUCGGUUGAAUCAUUUGCCAACUAUAUCCAGUCUCACUUUACAAGUCCCGAGUCAAUGCCAAAAAAGUCAACCAAAGGUCCAGCGGGUUCCUAUGAGGUGAAAUUCUCCAUGGAUGAGCCGAGCAUUUCAUCCAGUAUCCGUGGUGACAGAUUGACAACAAUCGACCGGGAGAAGGCUUUGGUGGACGAGGUGAAAGAGUGGCAAGAACAAUGGAAGGAGGAGAGGAAGAUGCACGCCAAGGUCAAGGCCGACUCAUUCGGGAUGGAGAGAGAGCAUAAGCGGAAGGUUGAAGAAAUAAGACUGGACUAUGAACAACAAUUAUUCAAACUGAAGCAGGAGAACUUUGUGCUGGCUGCCAAGGUGACUGAUACCAGUGCCCAACAACAGCUGAAGAAACAGCUGAUCGAGGGAACAGCGGAACUUGACAAGGUCACUCAGGAACAGAUGGCGCUACUGGAGAAGGAGAUCAGAGAACAGGAGGGGCUGAUCGCCGGCUACCAGCAGGAGAAUGAACGCUUGUUUACGGAGAUGAAACGCAUGCAGACGAUGAGUAAGGUGACGGAGGAUAGAAUGUUUAAGGAAAAUCAGAAAUUAGCGGCAGAGAUAAUGAACCUAAGAACUUUACUGGAAAGAAAAGAAUUUGAAUUGAAGAAUAAAGGAAUCAUCACUGCUCCAUCCGUCCAGCAAGAAAUAGCUGCAGGAACUGGAACUGCCAUUCUUGGUGCCGGCAAGAUUGCUCAACAAGAGGCAGAGAUCAGACAGAUGAAGAGGAGAGAAGAUGACUUGAAGCACAAGAAUCGGAUCCUAGAACAAGCCAAGAGGGAGCUUGAGAUGCACAUCGAGAAGCUGGUCAAGGAGAGGGAGACAGCAGAGGAGAAGGUCCAGAUUACCAGGACCUAUUCACACCAAGAAAUACGGGACGUUAAGAUAGAUUAUGAAAAGGAGAUUGAGAAAUUGAACAAGAAGUUGAAAUGGUAUGCGGAGAACCAGGAACUGCUGGAUCGAGAUGCUCAGACCAUACGCAAGAAGAACGAGGAAAUUGAGAAGCUGAAGGAGAAGAUUGAAGAAUUGAAGUCCGAGCCCGGACAAAAACGACUUGAGAGUCAGGUGAGAAUGAAGGAGAGAGCCACAGAGGCCAGAAAGGUACAGGACUUACAACGCCAGGUCAAAGAACUUGAGAACAUCUUAAAGAAGAGACAUCCCAACUCCCUGCCGGCUCUCAUGUGGGCUGCUUCUGCUGCGCCGGAGACUCAGACAAAGUCGCCAACUGUUGAGUAUCUGGAGAAUCGCGUGAAGAAGCUGGAAGAUGAGCUUUCGGAGCAGAAUGAGGAUGGAAGUAAAGGGAUACGAGUACUGGAACAGAAAUAUAAUGCUAUGAAGUUCCAGUAUGAAGAGAGGAUCAAUGAACUAGAUGAGCAGCUGAAACAGUUUACUGCGCCCACUGAGCACUACCCCCAUACCCACUCUGUAGCCCUACAGAAGGAAUUGGAGACAGUGAGGGAGAGAUGUCGAAGAAAGGUCGCAGAGAAGGAGAUUGAAGUUGAGAGAUUGAAUAAAGAGUUGACAAGUUUGAAAAAUAAGGCAUCUGCUGCUGAGAAGAAAGAGAUGCAAAUGUUGAAGGAAUCUGAGUCUGAGCUGCAGCUGCGAUUGAAGGCUCUCCAACUGGAAUUCAGUAACAAACACAAAGAGAUCUCACUUCACAAGACCACUAUUGAGUCCCUGAAGAAAGAGAAGGAUCAAAUAGUUAUAGAUAGUGCAUUACACCGGGAGAGACAUCUCAAAGGAACACAAGUGGUCGGAAAGAAGGGCAAGAAAAAGUCGCCAAAAGAUGGCAGCAUUGAACAGCUUCAUGGCAAGCAAUACCAACCUGAUGCAUUUAAGGGUCUACACAUAUCAGAUGUUGUGAGGGAAAAUGAUGACCUCAAAGUCAAGGUCGAACGUUUACAACUUGAAAUUGAUCAGCAGCGUGUGGAUCUGCAAAAAGCCUUGGCCGAGAAGGAAUCUAGUUUGAGACGGAUACAAGAAAGUUUUGAGGACCAGAUCUCUGCAUUGAAAUCGGCCCACAAAUCUGCGAUGUCACAACUUGUCACAAGCCAUGCCAUGCAACAUGGGGCAUCCAAGAUAGCAGAGUUACAGAGUAGGGUCGAAACGCUGGAGGUGAUGGUCGUUCACCUCAAGGAUCAGCUGUACAAGGCGCAGAUGGAAGUGGAGCAUGCAUCUGUGUUGAAAAUACGGGAAGCAACCUUAGAAACUCAAGUCAAACAGUUGUUGGAGGAUCUUAGAGAUGCCAAGAAGUCACAAACACCGGAAAUGCGACAUUUUGAGGGUGUGCUGCACAAGAUCUCACUCCUGGAAUCGAAGCAUGUCCAUCGCGAGGGCGACUUACAGUCUAUCAUUAAUCGAAACAAACAACUGGCUACGGCCGAAAUGGAAAAAGAGGUGGCCAAAUGGAAACAAGUUGUCGAGAUGAAAAACCGUGAAAUCGAAAAAUUUCGCCUGGAAUUGGACUCUAUUUUGGAAGUUUUACGAGAGUUACAACGACAAGGGGUGAUUUUGCCUUCAUUCUCUGGGUUAGCAAGGACUUAAAGGCGGAUUUGGUGUUGGAAGUAUCUCUCUAUCAGCGAGUGAUUGAUACAAAUAUUUGCAAGUGAAAACAUGAUCUGAAAAGAUUUUGAAAACUAUUCUGUAGCUGGCUACAAUUGCUCACACCGAAGAUUAGAGCUGUUUUCUACCUCAAGAUAUCCAUAUUGAGACAACAUUAGUUGAUUAUCCUUAGAUUUAUUUUUCUAUGAUGAACUUAGCUCAAUACUCGGUGUGCCUGCUCCGAUUAGAAAAAAAAUCAUGCCAACGUGGUCUCUGUGGUGGUUGCAUUUUAGUGCAUGCCAUGAUUUACCGAGAAGAAGAGCUGGACUCUUUUAUGAUUACUGAGAUCAACAGCUCACUAGAGGCAGUAUUCAUUUCCCCAUAACUGCAGAUCUGCUUGGAGUCCACCUAAUCAGUCAUUCUGUUAAAUCUCACUCAGUUGGUCUCAGUGCACCAAGCCGUGCGUACGGAAUCAAGCAACAUCUGUUUCUAUAUGGAGCCUGGGGAGACCCAGGUUCAUAUAUGUUAUACUAUCCUUAUUGUAUAUGUAUGGGGUGAUAGGCCAGUAGAAUACUGUCACUGAGAAUCUGCUGGUAAGAUUUAUAAUUAUAUACUCGCCUGGCUCAUUAGAUUCUUUUGUCAUUGGAGCAUGGGUCCAUUGUAUGUAUAUAUUAGCUCAGUAGGAUGACUAUUAAUAAAAGCAAAUACUUGA